AUGCUGCGGCGCGCAGCGGUCGUUUCGCGACACGCAACCCUGAUAUCGAAAGCCUCGCCACAUCUCCCCGCCCAUCGCAUCCCUUCUGCUAGCCGACAGAUAUCGUUUUUACCAUGGAGAAAUAGACCAGCGGCAGAGGGGCUUCCGGUUUACUUUGCCAAGCCCGUUGUUCCUCCCAAGCCAGGUGCUUUCCGGCGCCGCUUAAACCGAGCUGUUUUUACAACCAUAGCCGUAUACGCUUGUUGGCAGAUAUUUGCGACCGUUGUCUUCGACCCGCUAUUAGACUGGGCAGAUCAUGAAUGGGAGGCUUUGUCGGAGAGAGAAAAGAAAGAGAUGGAAGAUAUGGCGGAUGAGGAUGAGCCCAUUCUAUUCCUCCCAUUCCCAUUUACGACGAAGGAGGUCAGACAGCCGCCAUACAAGGGCUCUGAUCCCGAGUGGGCAACAUUCAUUGCCGUUAACAAAGAUCAGCAGUUGCAGAAGGACAUCAAAAUGGGACUGGCGGAACUGAUACGGCGGGGCGUUGAACGGAACCCUGCCUACGUCCAGUUGCUCGGCGGUCGAGAUAUUAAACUCAAAAAACUGUGGCUGGAUAUCAUUUAUCCACCUGCGCCGCCCCCAAAACACUAUGUUUCUGGUAUCAUCAUUGAUGAUGACGGCAUAUUCUGGGGCGAUCGACCAAUGGACUCCCUAGCAGCCAACCAUCUCAACACUGCCAUAUACCCGAAAGCCGUAGCAUUAUCAGUGUGGGCUUUUCUUAAUUCAUUAGCCAGGCAGACUGCCCAAGAUAUUGCUAAAGUCUUGGGAUUUAACACUCCACCCCCACCUGAGGCAACAUGGCAGGCCGCCAUUCUGAAUCGCAUCAAAGAACAGGGAGAACUCGGGACAACUGGCAAACAGACAGUCAGAGUUCCAGGGCAGCCGGACAAGUCCAACUUUCCGGUCCACACCGGGAUCAGCGAAAUCCCUGGCACCCCAUUUAGUGGUGUAAGCCAAGUCGAUCCUCGGAUUCAGGCCGCACUUCAGGCAGCUACCGUCACAUUUACGAAGAACUGGCAGCCUGCAAAGCAGCCACCCAGCAGGGGUUGCAUCAGGGUCGACGGACUUGUAGAAUUGCAAGGAAAAUCUGCAGUCAUGGCUGUAUACGUCCUGGGAUGGUAUGAUCCUAAACAACGAAAAUACAUGGGUGUCCAAACCGGCUUGAAGCACCUUAUACAACUAAAGCAAAGACCAGCCGGUGGGGGCUAA